AUGGUAUUUGGAAAAAAAAAUUUAGGUAAUUACUUAAGUAAAAGAAAUCUGUUAGAACGAGAAAUUUGUAAGUCAUUUAUUAGUGAAUGUAAAAGUAUUGAAGAAUUGGAUUGGCGAAUUAAUCAACCUUUAACGUCGUUUCCGGGAGCUCUAACACGUUUCUCUCAACUCUUUAAUCUAACUGUAGAUUUACAUUUUGUAAGUUCCAAUAGUCUUCAUGAGAUGGCACAGAUUUGCAGAGAUUUAAAUAAAUUAAAUGUUGAUAAUUAUUUUCAAGAUGUUCCCGGAUUAAUUUCAUUAAUUGAUGCACAAAGAAAUUUAAAAUUUGUAUUAUUUAAAUUUAGUUUUAAUAUUAAGAAAGAAAUAUAUGAGGGAUUAAGCAAUGCAUUAGCAAAAAAAGAUACAAUUAAUAGUCUUAUUUUACGUGGUUCGGUUGGUGUUAUUUCACAUUCAUUUUUAACAUCACUUAACAAUCUAAAAUAUUUAACAAUUCAUUAUGAGUGUGAAAAUUGUGAAGCGAUUAAAGAAUUACAAAAAUGGUUAGGAAAUUCAAAAUUUCCAGAUCUUCAGUCUCUUGAUAUUGGUAAUGAUUUAUUAUGCUUUAAGGAAUUGGCAAUGUCAAUUGAAAAAACCAAAGGAAAUAUUUUUGAUAUCACUGCUUAUACUUCUAAUAAAUCAGCUGAGAAUACAGGAAAGUUACUUAAAGCAAUUUCUAUUCAUUGUCCAAAAAUAGAUUACUUAAACUACAAAUCUUGGACAUCAUUAUUAAUGAAUUGUAGAAAUUUAGUAUGUUUAUUUCUUCAUAGUUUGAAUAAAAAUGAUGAUAUAGGAGAUGAAUUAUUAAAUAUUUUAACUAAAUUUUCUCCAGAAUCUUUAACUGAAAUAAAAGUUAGUGGAUAUUGGAAAUAUUCUAUUGAUACUUUUGAAAAUUUUUUUAAAAGUUAUAAGGGACGAGAAUCACUUCAUUUUGAUAUCAUUGAUGAUUAUGAUGGAGAACAUAUUACAAUAGGACAUAUAAAUAUUGUUUACAAAUACUAUAUUGAAGGAAUAAUAUUAUGUUCAAAUCUUUUGAAUUAUGUCCGGUUAAAAGCAUGA